AUGACGGGAUCAUUGUUUGGCUAUAGGGAGAGUUCAGGCCAGGAAGUGGAUGGAACCACUGAUAAUUAUAUCCAGUCGAAGACUUUACAUCUUAUCAACGAAGCCGACGAACCAUCUCUUACUCACUUUCUUUUGGCCGCGCAUACAACCUCUUUAUCUGCGACCGAGAAAGAAGCAUGUGCAGCCGGCCUAUGGGACCGCAUACGACAAAAGAAAGACUCGCUCAAGAUUACCCAAAUGAUGCUACGCAUCUUUUCCUUAUUAUCCGAACAGCCAACUCCCGAAGUAGUCCAGUUCUUCUUAGAAGCCUUAGAAAAGCCCAUCACUAAUGAUACCGAAAGAGUUAUUUGGAAGAACCAAGUCCUAGAAUCCGCAUUACAUCUAAGCCACCGCCAUCCCCAACCAUUCCAAGCCGAUCUUGAGUUUUUCAAAGCCGUACAAGACCAUCUAACUAUCUCCCCCCGCAAAACUCUAGCCCUUCUCAUCUGUUUAGUCACAGCCAGCACCUACAAGCUAAUAGACAAACCAGCCAUUGAACAACUCCAACAUAAAAGCAAAGGUUCACUCCUAGUUAAUUGUGAAGUUCUCCUGGCGUACAUUGAAGGGUACCAACUCAUGGGUCAAAGUCCCGAACUUGAUGAACAAGUCUAUGAAAAGCGACUAGCCCUCCCCUGGGACAAGAGAAAGCUCAGUUACUUUCCAUUACAAUCACUCAACUUGAAAGUCCUCGUUGAUUCAUUACUACAAAAGAAGAGUGCCCCAUUAGUCUUCCCCGCUCUAGCUUUCCUCGUUUCCGCAUCUGCCGGCAGUGUCGCCCAGUACUUACUCGAUACCGGCGACUUCCAUAAGAUUACUCGAGAAGCUCUAUCCAGUACAGGCAAGGACAGAUUACGUAUAGAGCACUUUCUUAUCUUAGUUUUAGAAACCAGCCGCCGAGCCGCCACGGCCAUAGCUGAAGAAGGCUAUGUUGAUAAUAUUAUCAAACGUCUAGAGAUCAAAAUGGACAAUGGCAUUCUUGAUGGCGAAGUUUAUUCAUUCCUUUGUCUCCUCCGGCUACUCGCCCGCACACCCCAAAUCAUCAGCAGUUUCAUGUCAACCUUCCAAGUCAUUAACCUAAUUGAACGUCUAGCCGCCAAUGCUAGCAAGCUCCACCACAAAGACAGUUAUUCCAGUCUAACCCAAUCCAUUUGCCAGUACCUCAAACUCAUUGGCAAUUUAGUUCUCUUCAGCCAUCGUUGGAAAGAGAUAGCCAUCGACUCUAUUUUCCCAUACAUAAGCAACUACCUCCACCAUCCCGAGUUUUCGAUUGAAGCUCUCACGUUCAUCAAAAUGCAUCUCUAUGAAUGCAAAGAAGACCUUCUACCUCGCAUUUACCGCGCCCUCCCCAAAUCCUUCUUUGAGAAGACCAACUGGACCAAGCCCGAAAGACUCGAGUACUACCGCAUUUACCGCAACUUGAUCUGUGUAGCCCGCAACCUCCCAGAAAUUGGCCAACUAGUUACUCGUCUCAUCAACGAAACUCUCCGACUAACCGAGUCUUUUACUGCCCCACAAGCCAGUAUUGAUCCCAUUGAUAUCGACCUAUCAAGUGAACUUCUUUUCAUUCUAGCCAACAUUGCCGUUAUUACACAAGAAAAAGCCCUCCAUCCCCAUCUUAUUUCCGCCGCCAUAGAUCUAGCCGCAAUCUCCCCAUCUCUAACUAUCCCCUUCAUCUGGUACUUAACUAACAUCACCUGGAACAACCCCAGCAUUAUUCCUCUUCUCCUUACCUACAACAUCCAAAGCAUUCUCCAGUCGAAAAAGACCACCGACCCCGACAUCAACGAACGCAUCAACCAACUUUCCACCUUCAUCAAAAAGAACGCCCACCACCGCCAUCCCCAACCCGUCCAAUAA